AUGCGGGGGCAGCCUCACCUCGCCAUCUUGGAGCUGCACAAACGCUAUGGCGACGUCGUCCGCACCGGUCCUAAUGAGUUAUCCUUUUCUCACAACGAGGCAUGGAAAGAGGUGUGUGGGCAUCUGAAGCGCGGCCAGGACGAAAACGAGAAGGACCCCAGAACCUCCAGCGACGAAUUAGACAAGAGCAUUCUCUCUGCGCGCCGUGACAGACACGGCCAGUUUCGGCGGCUUUUGUCGGGCGGCUUCUCAGCCCGGGCCAUGGCUGAACAGCAACCACUGAUCAACAAGUACAUCAACCUCUUCAUCAGUCGACUACGCGAGCAUGGUCAAGGCGGAACGAAGGUGAUGGACGCAUCCAAGUGGUUUGAGUGGACGACCUUCGACAUCAUCGGCGACUUGUCCUUUGCCGAGCCGUUCGGAUGCCUGCAGAACUCGAAGUCGCAUCCGUGGGUCGACAGUCUGAACGAUUCUGUGGGUUUAUUCCCAGUCGUGCAGGUCAUCAGCGGACUGCCUUUUUCUUCCAUCCUGAAACCUCUCUACUUUUGGCUCAUGACGCCCAAGGGUGUUGCUGAAAAGCGCGGCUUCAGCCGAUCUUUCGCAGAGGAAACUCUGAAGAAAAGAAUCGCACUUGGAUCAGAUAGACCAGACUUCGUCGAUGCGAUGCUGAAAGCUGACAAGGAAGCUAAAUUGACCGACGACGAGCUGAGAGACAACAGUGUCAUUCUGACGACUGCUGGUUCGGAGACCACCGCAACGACACUUGCCGCGGUCACUUACUUUCUUGGAACCCAUCCAGAAGUCCUGGCCAAAUUGAGCGCAGAAGUCCGAUCUGCUUUUCAACACGAGGAUGAUAUUGAUAUCAACAGUGUCCAGAACCUUCGGUACAUGCUUGCAGUCCUUAAGGAAACCAUGCGAAUGUAUCCCGCUGUUGCCCUUUCCCAAUCUCGGCAUGCACCGCCUGGCGGAGUGCAGAUAGCCGGGGAGUUCGUGGCCGGAGGUACAAUUCUGGGCAUCUGGCAGUAUUCCAUUUAUCACAACCCGGCCAAGUUUCUGCUCCCUGACUCCUUCAUACCGGACCGGUGGCUGGACGACAAACGGUUCGAUUACGAUGAGAAAGCUCUGCACCAGCCAUUCUCGUACGGACCGCGCAACUGCAUCGGAAUGAAGUGUGUAUCUCUGGUUUUCAAGCCCCUCAAUCUUUCUCUGGCGUAUGCUGAAAUGAGGAUCAUUCUCGCUCGCAUCAUCUGGAACUUUGAUAUCGAGCUGGCGCCGGAGAGUCGAUCUUGGACUGAGAACCAGAAGGUUUACUUUUUCUGGCAAAAGCCCCCUCUUUGGACCUACUUCAAACCAAGGAACAUGCAAGAGGAGCCCGAGUACUUGGCCCAGUAG